AUGAUCACGGAUAAACGAACGAAUAUGGGAGUUGAAAAAAUUGAUUGUAUAUUAUUUUUAAGAAAAAAUCUUAAUAUUCUCAAGAACCUAUUGAACCCAGAUCCGAAUGAAGUUGCAGCAAAUAAACAUUUCCAACGAUUUGCUGCUUUGAAACCAGUUGCUGGUGUUAUAGAAAAAUUAUCCAACGCUGAAGUUGGUGCAAAUAUUGAACUAAUGAGCUUUAGCGGAAUGAUGACAAUUAACAUUCCACCACCACCAAGUGAUCGGAUAUGGAUUGGUUUUUCUGAAAUGCCUGAUUUAAAUCUUAAAGUAACACCUGUAUUUGGUGAAAGUAAAUAUUCCUAUACAUUGAUUCAUGAUUUUCUGGAAGCACGAAUUCGAGACGAAAUUAAACGUCUUCUUGUACUUCCAGCAAUGGAUGAUCAAUUAUUACCAUUUUUUCGUGAUUGGGUUCUUGAUAUUAUUGGUGAAAUAGCUUCGAAAUCCUCGAAUCAGGAUAUGAAUCGAACAAGCAGUGAAGAGUUUUAA